UUGUGGUGUGUGGGAGGGGGGCUGCCUCCUAAGUGGGCUUCCUUUCAGGACAGCUCGAGGAGCCAUGCUAACAAGGAAUCUCUAUGACCCUGAAAUUUGACUGGACUCCAGGGGUCUUUUAAGGUAGAGCAGCACUGCAUAAAGAAGAAGGAGCUGAGCCUGUGAGAGAGUGACUUACCUCUGUGGGCCAGCAGACUAGCAGGCCCUCAUGGAUGUUUCUGAAAGCCCUGAGCCAAACCCCCACUCUCCCAAGGUGAAGGAGGAGGAAGAGGAGGACGACCAGCAGCCGCUCUCUGACGACGAGCUCCUGAAAGAGAGCGGCUCAGAAGAGGAUGAAGAGGAUGGGCCGGGCACCAGUUUGGGGGAGAACGAAGGCCCCGCCGGGGUCUUGAGUGACGAGGAGGAGAACCGCUCAGACGAAGAGGACCACCUCAGCGAAACCAAGUCUCAGGACUCUGAGGGGAACGAGCCGAGUCAUGAGCAGAUGAAGGGCCCUCUCUCUGCCAGGGGAGAGGAGGAGGAGGAGGAGGAGGAGGAGGACCCGGCCAACGACCUGGGCGAUGAAGCCUCCUCCGUCACCCGGGAACUCGACGAGCAUGAGCUGGACUACGACGAGGAAGUUCCCGAGGAGCCCAGCGCAGUUCCUGCUGACGACGAGACCGAUAAGGCUGGUGGAGAGGAGGAGGAGGAGGAAGAAGAGGAGAAGGGAGGAGAAGAACCCCCCAGGGAUGAGAAGGCAUCAGGUACCAAGAGCGAGGAGGACAAGGACGGGCAGGAGCCCGCCAAGGAGAAGAAGAAAGAGGAAGACGGAGAAAUUGAUGAUGGCGAGAUUGACGAUGACGAUCUGGAAGAGGGAGAGGUGAAAGACCCCAGUGACAGGAAAAUGAGGCCAAGGCUCACCUGCCGCUUCUUUGUGAAAGGGCAUUGCACUUGGGGCAUGAACUGCCGGUUUAUUCAUCCUGGCGUGAACGACAAAGGCAACUACUCCUUGAUCUCCAAGCCGGAUCCUUUCCCACCCAAUGGCGCGCCACCCAUCGGUCCCGGUCCUCACCCUCUGAUGCCGGCCAAUCCUUGGGGAGGGCCAGUUGUCGAAGAAAUCUUGCCCCCACCACCGCCGGAGCCUCCAACCGAAAGCGCCUGGGAGCGAGGACUCCGUAACGCAAAAGAGGUCUUGAAAAAGGCCACCAUGAGGAAAGAGCAGGAGCCUGACUUUGAGGAGAAGCGGUUUACAGUGACCAUCGGGGAAGACGAGCGCGAAUUUGACAAAGAGAAUGAAUUUUUCCGGGACUGGAACUAUCGCAUCACUCGAGAUGUCCGGGAAUCAACUGAGGUGGACAUCAAAGAGAACAUUAACUACGGGGCCGACCCUUACACGGAUCCUUAUUACGAUUAUGAAAUAGAGCGCUUCUGGCGAGGUGGGCAGUAUGAGAACUUCAGGGUACAGUACACAGAUCCGGAUCCAUAUCGGAACUACAGACUAAGUAAGGAAAGGGAGAGAGAACGGGAAAGAGAGAACCGACAGCGCGAGCGGGAGCGAGAACGGGAGCGAGAACGGGAGCGUGAGCGGCGGCAACGAGAGCGGGAAAGGGAAAGGGAACGGGAGCGCGACAAGGAGCGCCAGCGGCGGAAAGAGGAGUGGGAGCGCGAAAGGGAGCGGAUCAAGAGGGACGAGAAGGACCGCCAGCACCGAGACCGGGACCGCGAGAAAGAGCGAGAGAAGGAAAAAGAGAAGGCCAAGCCCCGAUCCCCGCAGCCAGCAAGCCGCCAGCCUGAGCCACCAAAGAAGGAGAAGGAGACCACCACCACCACCACCACCACCACCACCCCGUCCCAGUCCAAGAGAGCCGACGAGUGGAAGGACCCUUGGCGCCGGUCAAAAUCCCCCAAAAAGAAGCACGGCCUGUCUGCCUCGCCCAGCCGUGCCCGCAGGCGCCGGAAAACCUCGGCCUCCUCAGCCUCCGGCUCAGGUUCCUCAAGGUCGUCCUCUCGCUCCUCGUCCUAUUCCGGGUCUGGCUCCUCGCGCUCUCGCUCUUCCUCCUACAGCUCCUACUCGAGUCGCUCUUCCAGGCACAGCUCCUUCUCAGGCAGUCGGUCCAGGUCGCGGUCCUUCUCCUCUUCUCCGUCUCCUUCCCCGACACCUUCUCCGCACAAACCUCCUUCCAAAGCUAAGGGAGAGCCUGUGGCGCCUGCUGCAAAGGGCGACAAGCCCGUGAAGAAGCUCCCGGCCCCUCCGGCCCCUCCGCCGGUCACGAAAGCCACGCCUGCUGCGCCCGAGCCGGCCAAGGCUGGGGACAACAGAGAGGCGCGGCGGAAGGAGCGCCAGGCGAGAACACCACCCAGGAGGCGGGUCAUCAGCUGCAGCGGGAGCGGCAGCGGCAGCAGCUACAGCGGUUCCAGCUCUCGGUCUCGGUCCUUGUCGCAGUCGCUUUCCCGGUCUCAUUCCCGGUCCACGUCAGCCUCUGUUUCCCCAUCACCCUCUGGGUCCAGAAAAUCUAGGUCUCUGAGCGUCAGUAGCAUCUCGUCCGUUUCUAGUGCCUCCUCCAGUAGCAGCUCCGUGCGCAGUGCUGACUCGGAAGACAUGUACGCGGACCUGGCCAGCCCGGUCUCCUCAGCCAGCUCCCGGUCCCCGACCCCGGCGCAGCCGAAGAAGGAGAGAGGAAAGCCCAGAAAAGAAGGUGCCGUCAAGGAGGAGAAGCGGAAGCGGGACGCUCCAGCCCAGCCCCCCAAGCCGGCCAAGCCUGCACCGGGGGCCAAAUCUCAGGCUCCUCCGGCGCCUCACCAGCCCCCCCAGGCUCAGCCAGCCGGCUUCAGUGGCCACAAAGAGAUCAAGCUCACCCUGCUAAAUAAGGCGGCCGACAAAGGGAGCAGCCGGAAGAGGUACGAGCCAUCUGACAAGGACAGGCCAGGUUCUCCUCCAGCCAAGCGGAUCAACAUGUCUCCGGACAGAGGUCCUCGCGAUCGGAAACCCGCCGGAAGGCUCUCGUCACCUAAACAGGAGCGUCAGCGGGGGCCCAGUACGAAGCCUGCCCCCACCCAGACAGACAAGAAACGUCCGUUGUCGCCCCAGUCCAAGGGUUCCAGCAAAGUCACAAGUAUCCCGGGCAAAGCCGCCGAAUCGGCCCCUGCAGCUGCUACUGCAAAACCAGGCAAGUCCAGCACACUGUCACGUCGAGAGGAACUCCUGAAGCAGCUGAAGGCAGUGGAAGACGCCAUUGCUCGCAAGCGGGCCAAGAUCCCUGGGAAAGUAUAGUCUGGCCUCCGUACAGCCCAGAAGAGAGACUGCUCCCUGUGUUUUUAUAAAUAGCAAACAAACAGCCACUUCGGAUUUUUGAAGUUCUGUUUUAUUUUGGCUGUGAUCCUUUUUAAGAAAAACAAAAUUGAAAAGAAAAGAGAAGUUUUGUCAACUGGAGGCCUGCCCACCUGCUCGCCCACCCAAGUCUGAGACCACUCCCUCUGGUUUCCUCUCCUACCCACCGCACCUUGCCGGGACUGUGGUGGUAGGCGGUCAGCGCCGUGGCUGCCCCCCCCAUGCCCAGGGUGCGCAGCAGACUCUGAAGCGCCGCCCUGUCGGGGGCCUUCUCCUCUGCCUGGCCCACCGCCUCUCUGCUAGCUGCAAGUCGUACGUGCCUAGUUAGCCCCGCUGUGCGUCGAGUGUCUUCAGCAAUGCAGUUUCUACGUCCUGCGUCGAGGGGGGGGGCAGAGCUGCUGCCACCGGCCAGAAAGGUCUCCCUCUGUUGACUCUCCUCCGCCUGCCCUCCCCACCUCGUCCCCCACCAGGAACUAAACCAGUUGCAUAGAUACCCUUGGCGGAAGUCUGGUUGAAAGGUCCCAUGCGUCUUUUAUUUGAAGCGAGAAAUAUUGCUCUAGUUGAAUUUUAAAAACCAGAGAAGAUGCAAAGGUUUUGUCAGAAUGCGUGUCUGAUGAGGAGGGUUUUUUUUUUUUUUGA